AUGCCAAAGGUCGCUAUCGUCAUCUACACUUUAUACGGUCACACCGCCGCUUUAGCUGAAGCUGAAAAGAGAGGUGUCGAAGCCGCUGGUGGUUCUGCCGACAUUUACCAAGUCCCAGAAACUUUAACUCCAGAAGUCGUCAAGGCUCUAGGAGGCCAACCAAAGCCAGAUUACCCAAUUGCCACAAGAGAUACCUUAACUGAAUACGAUGCCUUCCUUUUCGGUAUUCCAACCAGAUUCGGUAACUUCCCAGCUCAAUGGAAGGCCUUCUGGGAUGCCACUGGUGGUUUAUGGGCUAAAGGUGCUUUACACGGUAAAGUUGCCGGUGUCUUCGUCUCUACCGGUACUGGUGGUGGUAACGAAGCCACUGCUAUCAACUCUUUAAGUGUCUUGGCUCACCACGGUAUCAUCUACGUUCCAUUAGGUUACAAGAACUGUUUCCCAGAAUUGACCAACUUAAACGAAGUUCACGGUGGUUCUCCAUGGGGUGCUGGUACUCUUGCCGGUGCUGAUGGUUCCAGAUCUCCAAGCGAAUUGGAACUAAAGAUUCACGAAAUUCAAGGUAAGACUUUCUACGAAACCGUCCAAAAAUUUUAA